GCCUGCCAACGGGCCAUCGAUCAAAUUGGGAGGCGGCAUGAAACCUUCAAAGCUGCCGUCCAGGGGCCAGAGGGAGAUGCUGAGGAGCGCCAACUGAAGUCUGAAGAGCUGGGAAUCCGAGCUCCCCAGUGGGUCCGUGACAAGAUGGUGACCAUGUGUAUGCGUUGCAAGACGCCCUUCAAUGCCCUCACUAGAAGACGACACCACUGCAGGGCAUGUGGCUAUGUGGUGUGUGCUAAGUGCUCCGAUUACCGAGCUAGUUUGAAAUAUGAUGAUAAUCGCCUCAACCGGGUCUGCCUCCAGUGUUAUGUCUUCCUCACUGGAAACCUGCUGCCAGAGGACAAGGAAGAGAAGAAGAAAGGGAUCCUCGAGAAAGAGUCUUCAAAAGUAUCGGAACAGAGCGUGAUGUGCAGCUUCCUGCAACUCCUGGGAGACAAAUGGGGGAAGGGCAGCAGUCGAGGCUGGUGUGUCAUCCCUAGAGAUGACCCCCUGGCACUUUACAUCUAUGCUGCCCCACAGGACAUGAAAGCUCACACCUCCAUUCCACUGUUGGGGUACCAGGUGACCACAGGUUCCUUGGCCGAUCCCCGGGCAUUCCAGCUACAGCAGUCUGGUCUGGUCUACUCAUUCAGGGCGGAAUCUGAAGAGCUAAAGGGGCAAUGGAUGAAGGCCAUAGAACGAGCAUCCAGAGGUCAGAGCUUCACUGGACCGGAAGGGGAACUGUCAGACUGAGCUCGGGUCAGGGGAGCUGUGUCUUCUCUACUUAUGUGCACACACACACACACACACACACACCCCAUACACUCUUCUGCUGGUUGGCUAUUCUCCCCCAAAACCGAAUUCUUUUUAUCCUCUCCUUUUAUCUUCAUCUUCCUGAGUAAACUGAGUGGGAUCCCAGAAAUGAAACUCUGUGCUAAGUUACUAAUAAGGAAAUGUGUGUCUGGCUUGCUCUCCCCUGGUGGAAAUGAGAGACUAUAAGGGGAAAGACCCCUUGCUGAAGGGUCCCCAGAAUGAGGGAGACCUCAAGGCUAGACAUUGAAACAACAGAAAAGAAAUAAGAAAGGACAAAGAAGAAGAGGAGCAGUGGAAAGGAUUGAAGAAGCUGCCUGAAGGCCCAGGAAUCUGCAUGCAAAUCUGGUUCUCUCACUUGUGUGACUUUGGGCAAGUUAUCUAAUUUCUCUGGGCCUCAGUGUUCUUAAUUGUAAAAAUUAGCCGGUCGGAUUAGGUGAGCUCUAAUUUCUCUUCUAGCUCUAAAUCUCUGAUCUUAUGAAAGAAAGGAAGGGACGAAAGAACAAGAUGGGAAAGAUAAAGAGAACAAAACAAAGGGGACAAUGGAGGGACAAGAAGGAAGUCUUGGAGGAAGGAGGAGAAUAAAGGAAAGCCCCAAAGGGAUGGAGGGUUGAAUUGAGUCUAACAUCCCGGGAAAGGAAUGCUUCUAGACCAGUGAUGGGCAAACUUUUUAAAGAGGGGGCCAAAGAA